AUGGCUCUUGUUUAUGGGUUUUGUUUGGUGGGUCUUCUUGCAAUGGUCUCCUGUGCGCAUGCUUAUGGUGGAGGUGGAUGGGUUAACGCUCGUGCCACUUUCUAUGGAGGCGGUGAUGCUUCUGGGACAAUGGGUGGUGCUUGUGGGUAUGGAAACCUCUACAGUCAGGGGUAUGGGACAAAUACUGCAGCACUGAGCACUGCUCUGUUCAACAAUGGCUUGGGCUGUGGUUCUUGCUAUGAGAUUAAGUGUGUAAAUGACCCCAAAUGGUGCUUGCCUGGUGCCAUUGUGGUCACAGCCACCAAUUUCUGCCCACCAAACAAUGCCCUUCCUAACAAUGCUGGGGGCUGGUGCAAUCCUCCUCAGCACCACUUUGACCUCUCUCAGCCUGUCUUCCAGCACAUUGCUCAGUACAGAGCUGGUGUUGUGCCUGUUGCUUACAGAAGGGUACCUUGCGGGAGAAGGGGAGGUAUCAGAUUCACCAUCAAUGGGCACUCCUACUUCAACCUGGUCCUCAUCACAAACGUUGGUGGUGCCGGUGAUGUGCACUCUGUUUCAGUCAAAGGGUCCAGGACUGGUUGGCAAGCAAUGUCUAGAAAUUGGGGCCAGAACUGGCAAAGCAACUCCUACCUCAAUGGCCAAAGCCUCUCUUUCAAGGUCACUACCAGUGAUGGCCGCACAGUGGUGUCCUACAAUGCUGCCCCAGCUGGGUGGUCCUUCGGGCAGACCUACAGUGGUGCCCAAUUCCGCUAG